AUGGCUGAAAUUGGAAGUGGUACAUGGAGAAGCAUCGGAAAUGCACCUACUGACUUUGUUUCUUUACCUUUCAAUGCUUUCUUGAAUGGAGGCCUUCACUGGUCGAAAUUUUCUCUUCGUGGUGAAUUCAUAAAUUUUUUUGACUUUGAUACUGAGCAAUUUGGGAUAGUUCCACCGCCUCAUCAUUUUCAAGAAUUGGAUAGGUAUUCUUCAGGAUGCACAAAGACUGGAGUGCUAGGAGGUUGUCUGUUUAUAUGUCACUGUCCAGAUUUCAUGCAAUUUGACAUUUGGGUUAUGAAAGAAUAUGGUGUCAAGGAGUCAUGGACCAAACAAUUUGUCCUUAAACAUGUGUACUCGGGUUCCUAUCAACCAAUGCUUGUUUUGAGCAAUGGAGAAAUAUUCAUGUUGUCAAACUAUCCAAAAAUAACUUGUUACAACCAAAAGGGGAUAUAUAUGCGAGGAGCUAAAUCCUUCCGGAUUCGCUUAAAAUUUCAUGCAAUUUCUUAUAUGCUUUGUUUCUCUCUACAAUGUUGCAAAAGGAGAGCAAAUUUCCAGUUUUAUGUAGGAUGCAGGGGACCAGAGUCUAUGACAAGAUCUGUAAAUGAACAUAUUUACAUGCAAGAUCUGAUACAUGAAACGUAAAAAGGAGUUUAUGAAGUCGAAUCUGGUAAUUGGUAAGCGAGGCCAUGGAACCAACUAAAUCCUUAGGGAAUUAUAUUAUGAGUUCCAGGACCCAACUAUUAUGCCUAAAUUGUAAUGUAUGUAGUGAUUCAGAUAUUACUGCUUUUGUUGCUUGUAAAUUUUGGGACAUCUAGAUGUUGAAUUGGCAUGCUAAUUAGUAGAUUUGUUAGGCUUAGGCGACCAUGUCCAUGUAAACUGGACGUGGCAUUUUAGUGCAUGGCUUGGUCAUUUGAAGUAAUAUUUGAGUUCUGUCAUCCCCAGAAACGAUCCUCUCAGAGCCAUGAAUUAUUUAUAGCUUAGACACCACAUAAAGCAGCAUUCAUGACAUUCAGUUGUUUGCCAAAUUCAUGAUUAAAGAAAUAUUUAAUUUGGUUUAAA